AAACUUAGGGUAAACUUGGGGAAAGAUAGCUGGGGCUUUGAGCCUAGAGUGACUUGGACCCUGGGAUUUGAAGGGCAGUGCGUGUUUCUCCUGGCAGGCUCAGACCCAGUUAUCUUUGGCAUUAAUGAGUGAAAAAACAUGCGGAAAUUUUACAGCUGGGUUCCCGGACUUGAAUUGUGCCUUUGGGCUGUGGGCCCUGCUGGGGGUGGUGACCCUGUUGCUGCUUUUAGCACUGGCUGAACACCUAGUCCGAUGCACCAGAGAGAAGACAACGGCUUUCCAGGGACAGGAAAGCCCAAAGAGGCCUGUGGAAGAGGUACCACUUUAUGGGAACCUGCCAUACCUGAAAACAGGGCAGCUACCACAGAAGCCAGGGCCUAUGCUGCAGGAGCAAUCAGCAGGAGAAAUCUCACGAGCCGGGGAGGAAGCCAUGUGCUAUGCCAGCCUGCAGCUUCAGCCUCCUCAGGGGCGCCCCCCAGGUCCCAGCACGGGGCCACCCAUCAAGUACUCAGAGGUCAUGAUGCUGGAGCCUGAGCAGCCUGCCCCCACACCCCAGCUCCCAGAGCCCGAACUCUACGCCUCUGUGGGCUCCCAGACCCGCCGGGCAGCCUUUCCUAAUGAGGACUAUGCCAACAGCCAGCCUGCAGAUGGAUGAUUGGAAGACCCAGAACUAAGUAUCAAAUGCUUCUCGGGGGAGGCAAGAGAGGAAAGAGGCCAGUGUCCAUGGGAAGAAGCCCUAUUUUGACCUUCCCUUUCAACCCACAGUUGCUUUAAUUUGAGUUAUGACCAUGGGAGAUAGCAGGGGAAUGGCUUCUUUGGAGAACCAGAAAUUAACCCCCAACAGAUAGAAGCCUAUCUGUCUAUACCAGGGGGCAGGGGACGCUUCCAGCCCUGACAUGAGACCAACUCCACCUUCAAACUCCCCCUGCUUGGGUGGAUAUCGUUUUCAUAACCCUCCCAGCUCUGUUCCUCUGAGGUUAACCAGUUCCGGACCCAACUACACUUCUCUAGUUUCUUCAAAAAUACAGGAAGUGGUAAUGGUGUUUUGGGGGUUGGGGGAUGGGUGGGCAAGCACAUGUAUCUGUGUGCAUCUGAGAAGGCCUGAGCGCCUGGGAGCAUCUAUGCAAGAACAUGUAUGUAUACAUGGGAGCACAAGAGAGCAAGCACAGAUGUGAGAGCCCAUGUGAGCCAAGGGUGUUUGCCUGUAUGUGUGAACAAGUGUCAUUCUGGCCAACUACAAGCAAGAUGACGGGGAUGCCUGCAACAUUCAUAUUCAGCCUCUAAGACAGGUUCCAAGAAACUGAAAGAACAGGGUGGAGUCAGGGGCACAGUCUCCUCUCCUGCUGUUUUCAUUUUUUAAUCAAAUAAUCUCUCACUGUAAAAAAAAGGAUGCAUGUUUCUCUUUUAAAUUAAAUAUUUUCUAAAAUA